AUGACCGCCGGACCCAGCAGGAACGGUGACCCGCCAGGCCACGGACCCAGCACGAACAGUGACCCGCCAGGCCACGGACCCAGCAGGAACGGUGACCCGCCAGGCCACGGACCCAGCAGGAACGGUGACCCGCCAGGCCACGGACCCAGCAGGAACGGUGACCCGCCAGGCCACGGACCCAGCAGGAACGGUGACCCGCCAGGCCACGGACCCAGCAGGAACGGUGACCCGCCGGCCCGGCCAGCAGGAACUGACCCGCAGGCCACGGACCCAGCAGGAACGGUGACCCGCCAGGCCACGGACCCAGCAGCAACGGUGACCCGCCAGGCCACGGACCCAGCAGGAACAUUGACCCGCCAGGCCACGGACCCAGCAGGAACGGAGAGGUUGGAUGAUGUCUUGGAGUCAGGAGAGACCAGAUCUCCUCUAGAGAACAGAAACCACUCUGUCUACACUACAGGACCAGCCAAUCAGACAGCAGGACAGCAACCUGGACCAGCCAAUCAGAUGGCUCUUGUGUUGGCAGGACAACAACCUGCAGACUCCUCAGUGGAACUACCAUCAGACAACACUAAUUAUACUCUGAGAGAAAGCCCCGUCUCAGACAACACUAAUUAUACUCUGAGAGAAAGCCCCGUCUCAGACAACACUAAUUAUACUCUGAGAGAAAGCCCUGAUCUGUCCACGGGGACGUCAGGAGAGAAAGAGAGGAACAGUGUGUCUGUCUGUGAACAGGAAGACAUGCAGGUAGAACCAGCUGCUAAAACCAUCCAAUCCCCAUCAGGAGAGACUCAAACCUCCUCUAUUGAUCUACCGUCCUUUACCAAAGCCACAGAGUGUCUCCCAAGCUCAGCGGAUCCUCCGGGCAACACCUCUGUCCGUACCGGCACCGUUCGGACCUCACUCACCCAGACACAAGGAGAACAAGUGCAGGACUCCUCACCAGACAUGACAGCAAUGGAUGUUGAGACUAACCCAUGUUAUAAAGGAUGUGUCUUGGAGGGUCAGAGCAUCGACCAUGGGGACUCGGACGAAGUAGAAGGAAUUAAAGAUCAUACGGGAGAGGCCAGCGUGUCUCAAACUCCCACCACUAAACAGCUGGAACCCAGUUCUCUGGUAGAAUGUUCUGCUGAGACGCUGACUGAAGGACUGGUCUCCCCAGUCGUCCGACAGAAGGACUGGUCUCCCCAGUCGUCCGACAGAAGGACUGGUCUCCCCAGUCGUCCGACAGAAGGACUGGUCUCCCCAGUCGUCCGACAGAAGGACUGGUCUCCCCAGUCGUCCGACAGAAGGACUGGUCUCCCCAGUCGUCAGACAGAAGGACUGACAGAUGUAGGUAUGGUAUCAAAAGUCAUCACGGUCCAUUCAUCUGGGGCAGAGGAAUCAUCAUCAUCAUUUAAACGGAAGUCUCUGGCACCUCUGCCAAAAUCUGGUGUCCACAUCUCUCCUGCCAGUUUAAUGAGCUCUGUAAAGAAUGUAGAGAUGUGUACUACAACAUCUGAAGUCCAUGAAGACAUCCAGGCAACAAAACCCAAUGCUCAGAGUAGCACAAACCAUACACUAUGCAAGAGGUUACAUAGUCCCAUAUGUCUUUCCCCUGUGGUGAACGUGAAGCUCCUGAGAUCUGGUACACAACCGAAGAGGAUGAAUGGAAAGAAAGAUGCUGAAGACCCGGGGUCAGAUGUUAGGAGUCCACCGUCUCCUGCAGAGUUAAAGAGUGAGGAGCUUUUGAACAACGGGAUGCUGAAAGAUUGUGAUCGCCCGGUCCAUGUUCUUCAACACCAGGAUAUGAAAGCUGACCGUAAGCAUCCUACAACCACCGACUGCAUCUCUGAGUCGAGGUCGGAGUCCCAGCUGACGGAUGAAGGGUCUGAGAAACUACGUGGAAAUGCCCAGACUGAGAUGAUCAGUAUUAGAAGUGGGCGUGUCAGGAAGAGUCUUGUUAGAUCAAACGCAGUCCAAACGAGCUCAGGGAAAGACGGCGCGGCCCCCAGGGACGGCCAGCAAACGGCCACCCUUUCAUGUAAAGUUAUUAUUGAAAGACUCAGCCCUGACAUGAGGGAAGGGAUCAGGCCAGCAGCCUUGCCUGUGGGCCACUUCCCAGAACCUACAGGGAAAAUUCCUAUUGGGAAGGUUCGCUUUGAAAUGGGUCCUCCACUACCUCCUCUUCUGAUGCCUCUCACUGUAACUCCUCCGAGACCGGUAAAACCUGCUAAUCCAAGACAGGUGAUUGGUAAACUGUCCUUUCCCUCACCAAUGGAAAGACCUGUUUCCCCUCUGGGGUCCCAAACAGCACCUGAUGGUCAGAUGUUGAGCUCCCCGUCUCGAACCGCUCCUUCCUCGCCACUACAGUUUGGUUCAGCCACUCCUAAACACGCCCUUCCUGUUCCAGGGAGACUUCCUGCCUUCAGCCCUUCCUCUUCCUCCACUAGUCCCGCCCAGGAGAACUCCAUGAGGAUUCUAGACAGCAUGUAUCCAGAACUGUCUGCCCGUGCCUGGACUCUCGGUAUCCUCCGAGGAAACAUCUGUAUGUCUGCUGCUGAGACGGGGACUACACCCUCCAGCUCAGUCAGUCAGGUAUCUGGCUUCAAAACCAUCAACUCCUCGUCCACGGCUUUCACCAAAACAGAACAAAGAGGGAAGCGAAGUGGAGUCAACAUGCUUCUACCAAAGAGUGCCAAAAGGCUGAGGCUGGAUAACUGCUCCCCCGGCCCUGCUGGGGCGACGGCCGGCCCUGCUGGGGCGACGGCCGGCCCUGCUGCUAAGGGGAUAUCCUCCACGACAUCAGCCAGUCCCGACCCACUACUCAGGACACCUCAACAUGGGAGUUCUUCACAGCCUACAGAGAAGGAGAAACUGGUUGGGAAACCAGCAGCCGACGCCUCCAUAUCCCAGGCCUUAGAGAAGAUAGAAGCCCAGUGUUUUGACCUGUUGCCUGUCAUCAAGAGUCACCUGUUUGUUGGGAAUCUGUCUAGGAAGCCUGUGUUACGGGAUGAGGAGAAGGAGGUCCUCUCUGAGUUCUCAAACAAUCAGCCUCUGGCAGAUGAUCUGAUGUCGGUGAUGCUGACUAAGCUGAAGACUGAGAGGACUGAGCUGCCUGGGUCUCACCUCCAGGCUCUGGUCAGAGUCUACACUGCUCUGUGCCGACAGAGGAGGGACUGGGACAGAGCACAUAUCCUGGCCUACAGCAUCCUUAGAGAAGAUUUCCCUGAGUCAGCCAAGCUGGUUCUGUUCAUGGUGACCACGUGGCCCAACGUGGUAUCCUGCAGGACUGUAGUGUGCCAGGCCAUCCACACGGUCACCAAGGUCAAAGCUCAAGGAGAGGUGCUCCACUGCCUGACUGCUUACCUGGGAUGGGAGAAGAGUCCUCCUAGUGACGUGGAUCAGUUGGUGUCCAGCACGUUGACGUCGGUCAGGAGACGCCGCGAGAUGACCUUCCAGAAACACCCGCGACAUGGAGAGGACCUGAACCCUGUUGCCUGGCAACGCGUCUUCACCCUGGAGCUGCUCUGCUCUCAUACACACUGGAAGUGGACCCAUGACAACCUACUGAGUAAAGAGCUGUGGCCGGUGAUGAACUCCUGGGUGACUCAGCCCAGAUCGAGACAGACUCCCAUCCAGGAUGUUACUGUGGCUGCGAUCCUCAGACUCAUAGGGCGCCUCGGGCAGCUGGGAAUUAAGGAGGGAUGUGGCUGGUCUGUGAAGAACAUCUCCAGGGUCAUCAACACCUUCGCCAGACACGGCCGGUCAGAAGGUGUUCCCUGGGAGGUCCAGCUGGCAGCUGUCUACACUGUCUACGACCUGUCGCCUAGCAACCCCAAGGAGGCUCUGGCUGCGCUGGCGUCAUGGCGAGGAGAGACCACCCAGCCUGUCCCCCCCGCUGUCACCAGCUGCAUCACACAGAUCGCCUCGCUCUGCCGACACGUCAACCCCUAGUCCCUAAUCCCUAGCUCCUAGUCCCUAGCUCCUAAUCCCUAGUCCUUAACCCCUCCACACCCCUAGCUCCUAAUCCCUAGCUCCUAACCCCUAGUCCUUAAUCCCUCCACACCCCUAAUCCCUAGCGCCUAAUCCCUAGCGCCUAAUCCCUAGCUCCUAAUCCCUAGCUCCUAACCCCUAGUCCUUAACCCCUCCACACCCCUAGCUCCUAACCCCUAGCUCCUAACCCCUAGCUCCUAACCCCUAGCUCCUAACCCCUAGCUCCUAACCCCUAGCUCCUAACCCCUAGCUCCUAACCCCUAGUCCUUAACCCCUCCUAACCCCUAACCCCUAGCUCCUAACCCCUAGCCCCUAACCCCUAGGUCCAUUGCCACUUGUACAGAUCUGUAAGGAUUUCCUAGAUCCCAAGAAUGUUGCCUAUGAAGAGGGCAAGGUGAAGCAGCUUGCGUUUUGCUGUUACCUCUAUCCAUACCUUUUUCUAUCUGACGCCUUGAACCCUGCUGUGGACUGAACUCAUUUUUAAUGUCCGUAUUAUUCAUCUGUUGGUUAACUCAUCACGUUCCCCUCGACGUUCUGUUUGGGUUUUCUGUUACCCGUUCUUUAUAUGUUGAGCGUGACUUUGUAAAUAUGACGUAGAGAUUCUGUUUGGUGAAGCUCCCUGUGUACAAUAUAUAAAUGUCCCUACUUUUGUAAAUGUUCCCUGUUACAAGAGCCUAUUUCUAUUUAAUUUGACAAAUUAAAAUCUAAGAGGUAAGCGUUGUUUAAUAA